AUGAUCCAAUUCGUGAUUAUUAAUUUAUUGCUUAAUCGACAUUAUUUCAUUAAUCUUCAAUCAUGUAUAUUUCUUUCAGUUAAUCCUUCAACAAAACUUGGAAUUGUUAUUAAACAAUUAAAAACUCUAAAUAGACUUGUUCCAUUUAAUAUUCAUCAACCAAAUAAUAAAAAUCUAAAUCAAAUUUAUAAAUAUUAUUUAACUCGAAUUCUAUUAAUGCACAAGUCAUAUUUUCUUCAUUCAAUUGUCUUACAAUAUCCUUAUAAUUAUUUCGAUAUAUCAAAUUAUAGUUCAAUAUCUUCAAAUCUUAUACCACUUAAAUUAUUAAUUUCUGAUUCACCAUCAAUCGUAUCUGUUUAUUCAAUUUUACCAGUUCUUCGACUUUGUUGUACAAUUCGAUAUUUAACUAUAAUAGUAGAAUAUACACAUUCACUUGAAAAUGAUCAUAUCAAUUUUUCAAUUGAAACACCAUCUAUUAAUGAAAAUGAUCUUCCUAAAUUACCACAAUUAACGUCUUUUAAUUUAACAAUUCUUGCUAUAUGUGAUAUACGUUCAAUUUCUUAUAUAUUACGUUGUGUGCCUAAUCUUAUUCAUUUUCAUUUUGUUCUUGAGACAUGA